AUGUCGUUUGACUGGUUGAACGUACCAGGUCUGAAUAUAGAGAACACAGGUGUUGAUUCUAAGCAAAAUGAGCCUGUAGUACCUCCCAGUGUUUCUUUUAAUUUUGGUGUCCCACCUCCAAUCCAUAAUACAGGUACAAUGACACGGGAGUCCAAAAGUAUAAGUGACACAGCACUCGAUAUGGAGGUCUCUAAUAAUCAUAAUAAUUCAAAUAACUCUAACAACGCAUUUCUUAAUGUGAAUCCACCUCAGCAUGCAGCUAGUAAUAAUGAUAUAGCUACAAUACAAGAGCAUAAAGAAUUGACUAGCUAUAAAGAGAGUCCAGAUGACCUCAAGGUACCAUUAUCAUUGUCACAGAAUCAGUUGACACACGAAGAAAUACGAACUUACUUGAGAUGGUAUAAAUACAUUCUAGCAAGGUCACAUACAAAAUUGGUAAGACUGCAAGAUGUUUUUGUCUUUUUAGGGAAUUUUACUAUUAAUGAUGAACUGAAAGCACGUAUUAUGGCUAUAUUCAGAAGUUGUAAGAGUGCAUUAAACAUUGGUCAAUUUUUUGCUGUACUAAGAUUGAUAUCAAGAGCCGUGAUAGAAGGGGUACUACCCUCCAGGCGUAUGAUUUUAGAGAAGGCUCCUAUUCCUAAGCCUCGUCCUAUAUUAUCUACUCAAGGUAAUGGUGAGAUAUAUGAAGAGGUGGAAGAGGAUGAGGACCCUAGAGGGGAUACUAAUGGUAAAGGUAAUGGAUCGGUGGAUUUCGAUUCUUUUACAUCUUUAUUGCUAACAGGUAAAACGAUAAGAAAAAGAGUCAGAAGAAAAAUCUUGAACGCUGCAUUCAGGAAUAAAAGAGUUAGGUUUUCGGAGAGUAUUACAUUUCAAGACCCCCCUACAGAUAAACCAAAUAAUCACGAUGCUCUCCAUAAAGAUGACACUGCUGUAAAUAAUGAACCAGAGAUACCUGUACCACAAGGACCUUUAGAUCUUUCAUUGCCUAUGGAUCAACUUCUAAAGCAGAUGGCCAACCGCAAGCAUAAUAAUACCGCAUUGGUGUCGAAGCUACCUUCAGAACAACAAGAGACAGAGGAGGAGAAAGAAGAACUGAGGGACAUGCAAGAUUCUCUGUCACAUUUUAAACAGAUCCAAACUGUAGAUGCGGUUACUGGAUUGGGAAACCAAUUACCUGCAGGAUAUGCAAAUAAUGGGAACGUAACAGGUACAAUGGGUGUCACCAGUGAACCAUUGCAACCACUGAAACCAACAGCGACUGGCUCCGCUAACCAUUUCAUGCGCCAAGAAGUGAAUCAGGGAUCCACAGGCCCAUCAAUGAAUGAGACUAGUGGAAUUUUGACACCUUUGAAGCCUACGGCGACAGGAUCUGCUAAUCAUUUCAUGCGUCAAGAGAUGGAUCAAGGUUAUAUUACAGCUCAGAAUAGUGAACCAAACAAUACAUUACAACCACUGAAACCAACAGCAACGGGUUCUGCGAACUACUUGGUACGUAGCCACUUUGAGACAAAUGAAAAUAUUGCACCUGCACCAUCAGUGCAACCUUCAUUUAAUCAAAACGCUAUACCAACAACAACAACAACAACAACAGCCUUAUCGCCUCAGCAUACUACUGAAAUGCAAACGUUGAAGCCUACUGCCACUGGAUCUGCCAACUAUCUGAUGAAGCAACAAUUUUCAACUCCAUUGACUGCUCCACAGGUAAAUAAUACACCACAGAACAAUCCGAACAUGGCAACUACUGGCGUAAAUCCACCAGUUCCUCGAUUCCAAACGACAGCUCCAACUGACCAGUUUAUGAACUUUCCUCAACAUCAGCAACCUCAAUCAAAUGUUCAAUUUCGGAACGGAAAUAAUAAUGGCAGUAUAUCACAGCAAAACACUUAUAGUAACGCUAAUGUUAGCCAAACCGCUGAUAACUCUCAUACUCAGCUGCACCCUCAAAAUACCUAUCCCCAAUCGCAUAUCUCAAAUAGUAACCAAGGUGUUCAAAAUAUAUCUCAACAGCAGCAGCAGCAAUAUGGGUCUUCAAAUCUAUUAAACCCAGGAGCUAAUGCAGCAUCAAGUUAUUUCCAAUCUUUAUUAACUGGUUCACAUUCACCUUCACCUAAUGCAAGUCACAUACAAGUGUCCAACACAGGAAACAAUGGAAUAGGCAUGAAACCGCAAGGAAACCAACAGGUAUAUGGUGGUGUUUCUAUACGUCCCUCCACAAAUGCCAACACCAAUGGCUCUAAUGGAUAUGGUCAGUACCAACAUAGCCAGACUGCUAUGUAUCAAAAUCAACCAAUGCUGCAGCAGCAGCAGCAGCAGCAGCAGCAGCAGCAGCAACAACAACAAUCACAUAACACACAACCAUUUUACCCUGGACAAAUUCAGUCUCCACCACCAGGUUCUUAUAGUUCUGCUAAUCAACAUCCAAUACAAAACUCUAUGCACACCACUAACCAAGCUUCUCUGAAUGUCCAACAUUAUCAAUUUAAUGGUCAACAAAAUCAUGGUACUCAACCUAACCAAAACAUUUUAGGCGAUUAUCAAGCAAUGCAGAACCAGGUUAACUCGUUACAACAAACCUACAAUAGACGUUAG